GCUUAGCUGACAACCAGUUAAUUCUAGUUUUGCCACUCAUAGAUACUGUGAUUUUUGGCAGUUAUUCCACUCCUCUCUUUCAAGUCCCUUAGCUGUAAAGGCCAACUAGCACUCUGAAGUCACCCAGACACUGUUAGGAUAAACUGCACAAGUGUCUUUAAGGCCGUGAAUUCUUCAGCAUGAAAUAUAGAUCUGCAGUGAAAGGUUGCUAAGUGCUGACCUUUCAUGCCUGUGCCGGUGUUAUUAAUGACCAGCCUGAUUAUCACCCUUGCAUCUUUUUUCCUGUGCCCCUUUUCUUUAUGUAUUGCUUAAAAACAUCGGCUUCCUUAGGUAUUGGUUUUAUUUUCCCGGGGCUACUUAGAUCUUAACUGAGGAAGGUUGUUGUUGAGAUUCUGCGCGACCAGAUUUAUCAAGCCUGGGUCAUGGUGCAUCUCAGAGGUGCCAACUCGGUAACUUCUGUGGUCAGUGCACGCUCUGCCAUGCAGUUUAGGGUAAUUUGCCUGAAUCCCUUCAACCAAAUGAGGCUUUCUAAUCAAUUAGAUACAGAGGCAUGAGAUCCAGGGCAGGGCCCAGGGAUUCGAGGUGCAAUUCCAGCUGUCGCGUCCAUCUCCAUCAGCGCUCUGUCUCUGUGGCUGAUCAAGGCUCCCGAUGUUUACACGUUAAUUGACGGGGACACGGUGGCACUGCCUGAGACUGAAGCACCUCGUGUCUGCUCGUGGAUGACAGAAUGGGUGGCAGAGCUCUAGUCACAGCUGUCCAAGUCCUCUAGUUUAGCCUCCUCCUUUAAGAGCAAGAAAACUGGCCGAGAGGAAGGACGACGUGCCUGAGGUCGUCUUGCUUGCCCAGAAUGUUAGGUCUCCGGAUGGGGCUCACUUGGCGCCCGCUGCAGCAGUAUGAGGCAGACAGGGGUCUCAAGUGUGGGAAGUCAGACGCGGGACGGUGGGCUGGGCCAGACUAUGGGCGGGGCCUGGGUGGAGAAGGCGGAGCUAGGAGCACAAGGGUCGAAUCAGAGGCAGGACCGGGAAAGAUGAGCGGGCCAAGGGUAGGCGGAGGCAGGGCCGGGGCGCGGCGUUGGGCGGGACGUGGGCGGGACGCGGGCGGGCCGAGUGCCUAUCGGUCCCUUGAGCUGGGAGCCUGGGUUGAGCGCUCUUGGCGGAGGAGCGGAUGUUGGUGGUGUUAGUCCUCUCGCGGCUCUUACUGCCAGCGCUGCAUCCGUCGAGGGUCCACCUUCCCGCACGGGGCCGGACGAUGGCCGUGCGGGCGUCGGGGACCCGCGUGCUCCACCUGCUGCUGGUCCCUCUUGUCGCGGCGCGCGGGGGAACAGCGGGCAUGAGGAGCGGUGCGCCGGGAGGAUUAUCUGAACCGUCCUUGGUUGCAAAACACGAAGACAGCUUGUUUAAGGAUUUGUUUCAAGACUACGAAAGAUGGGUUCGUCCUGUGAAGCACCUGAGUGACAAAAUAAGAAUCAAGUUUGGCCUUGCAAUAUCUCAGUUAGUGGAUGUGGAUGAGAAAAAUCAGUUAAUGACAACAAAUGUCUGGCUGAAGCAGGAGUGGGUAGAUGUAAAGUUGAGAUGGAACCCGGAUGACUAUGGCGGGAUAAAAGUUAUACGCGUCCCUUCAGACACUUUGUGGACCCCAGACAUCGUCUUGUUUGACAAUGCAGACGGACGCUUUGAAGGUGCCAGUACAAAGACCGUGGUCAGGGCCAACGGCACUGUCGUCUGGACCCAACCUGCAAACUACAAGAGCUCCUGCACCAUAGACGUCACCUUCUUUCCUUUCGAUCUCCAGAACUGCUCCAUGAAGUUUGGGUCUUGGACCUAUGACGGUUCACAGGUUGAUAUCAUCCUUGAGGACCAAGAUGUGGACAGGACAGACUUCUUUGACAAUGGGGAGUGGGAAAUUGUAAGCGCCACGGGGAGCAAAGGAAACAGAACUGACAGCUGCUGCUGGUACCCCUACGUCACGUUCUCCUUUGUCAUCAAGCGGCUGCCUCUCUUCUACACCCUGUUCCUGAUCAUUCCCUGCAUCGGGCUGUCCUUCCUGACCGUGGUCGUCUUCUACCUCCCUUCGAACGAGGGCGAGAAGAUUAGCCUGUGCACUUCCGUGCUUGUUUCGCUGACAGUCUUCCUCCUGGUUAUCGAAGAGAUCAUCCCCUCCUCUUCCAAAGUGAUCCCUCUGAUUGGAGAGUACCUAGUGUUCACCAUGAUCUUCGUGACGCUGUCCAUCAUGGUGACCGUCUUUGCCAUCAACAUUCACCACCGUUCUUCCUCCACCCACAAUGCCAUGGCGCCCUGGGUCCGCAAGGUGUUUCUUCACCAGCUUCCCAAGCUGCUGUGCAUGCGAAGCCAUGUGGACAGGUACUGCACCCCGAGAGAGCAGGCCAGCGGGGACGGCAGGCCUGGGCAGGCCAGAAAUACGCUGGAGGCCGCUCUUGACUCCAUCCGCUACAUCACCAGGCACGUGAGGAAGGAGCACGCCGUGCGCGAGGUGGUUGAAGAUUGGAAAUUUAUAGCCCAGGUUCUUGAUCGGAUGUUUCUGUGGACAUUUCUUCUGGCUUCAAUUGUUGGAUCUCUUGGGCUUUUUGUUCCUGUUAUUUAUGAAUGGGCCAAUAUAAUAGUACCGAUUCACAUCGGAAAUACAAAUAAAUGAAACUUCCCAAGGGGUUGUGGGAUGAAUUUAGUUAGCAAACACACAUUUUAUGGCAUCUCUACAAAUAUGGCAGUGUAAAACUGUUUAAAAUUCAAUGCAAGCUGUAGCCAAUUAGCUGUUGGUAACACUGGUUUAUCUUAGUGAUUGUCCAUUAGAACAUUUAUUUGCAUGGCUAAGGUAAUAACCACAAACAGCAGCAAAACAAUGUUCAAACUGACCUAGAGAAAAUCUAAUGUUUGUACCCUGGCAAGUAAUACUAAUUUGUAAUCACUAGUGAAGUUCAUUUUUGGAAUCCGGGAAAAUUCUGUUGGUAUCUGAAGACAGAUUUAAUUUUUUUUCAGGAUUUUAUAAAGGUAUGUACUUCUUUGGUUUUGUUUUCUGAGAUAGAAUUCU